AGUAGGCACUGUUUCGUACGAAAACCACCGAUAUUGUUAUAACCCGCAGCGCUGUCACGUGACACGUUCACAUUUCAGUGGCGAGACAUCCAACCAGCCGAGUAAGAAAACAUUUAGGAACGAAAUGGCCUCUGUGGAAGUAAGUGGAGAAAACUCCGGAUUUGUUGACAACUGGCAAAGUGGGAAGACCUUGGCGGAGUGUAAUCUCCACAUGUUGACCUCUGAGGAUUCUUGUGACGUCAGCUUCCGGGUUGGGCAAGAAGGGUCGCUGGUCGGAGCUCACCGAUAUGUUCUGUCCAGUCGGAGUUGUGUGUUCUACGCCAUGUUGUGUGGCCCCCUGGCGGAGAAGGAGGACAUCAAGAUCCCCGAUGUGGAGGAGGAAGUAUUUUCUGAAAUGUUGAGGUACCUGUACACAGACAAGACAACCCUGACUGCUGAGAAUGUGACAGGUCUGUUGUACCUGGCCAAGAAGUACUCCGUGGGGGGUCUUGAGCGUCUGUGUGUGGUUUACCUGGAAUCGUCCCUAACGGCAGAGAACGCUUGUGUCAUCUUGGAAGAAGCUCAUAAGUUUGAUGAGGAGAAGCUCUUUGACAGGGCUCUGGAGGUUAUUGUCAAACAUUGUGGUACCGUUGUCAGUAGCCCUGGCUUCACAUCUCUUUGUGCAUCGUGUUUUCAUAAAGUUGUAAGUUCAGAUACAUUUUUAACAAUGGAUGAAACAAGUUUCAAUGCUGCUCUCUUGUGGGCUGAGACAGAGUGUAAACGCCAAGAAAGGGAGAUAACUCCAGAAAACAAACGUCUUGUUCUGGGAAAAACCGUGUACGAGCUUGAUUUUACCGCAAUGGGAAUGAAGGUCUUUGCAAAAGUAGUUGUACCGUCUGGAAUAUUAUCGGGCGACGAAUGUACCAAGUUGUUGUGUCACAUGAUUUUACCUGGUACCGAUGUGGCACCCUUCAAGAUAAAGCCAGAACUUGACACGUGGGUCACUCUGUAUGCAGAUCGAAUUGACAGGGAUCAAUGUAAGAAGGAGUCUAACAUACUCAUCAUCACAUGCAGUCAGGACAUGCGUCUACUUGGUCUCUUGGCAUAUGGUGAUGGCAGCUGCAAAUAUAGCACUUGUCUUUAUCAAGAACAGGAGAGACAGGGGGUAUAUUCUAAUUACACUACUACAUGUACUAGUAAAACCUGGGUCAGAAGUGAAGCAUCGUUUGUGUUAGUGAGAAAUUUUCCCAAUGAAGUCGAACUGAAGGUGUCAAAGGCAUUGCCUUUAAAAAGUACAUGCAGGUAUAAAAUUGAAAUAACAAGAGAGUCAAAUAAAAGUGGAUUCUCAGGCUCUUCCGUAUUCAGUAAUAUCACAGUUGGUAAAUGUCAGCUAUCAAUUAAAGAAGAACGUGGCCCGGGUCUUAUUUCCAGACUCAUAAUGGAGCAAAUGUGAGACAACACACUGGCAUGCAUAGUGCUCGUCAAUCAGUGUACAGUACAUGUGUAUACUGUUCCACUUCAAAAACAGUGAUGGAUGACUUGUCAUCAACAACUAGGCUUAAUCGGGAAUAGGGAAACUGUGCUGACAAAUUGCAACGAUAUUUUUAUUUUCUGGUAAUAUUUCGCAUUACCUUCAUUAUGAGAUUAGAAUGUUUAGAAUUUCCAUGUUCGUAAUACAUAGAAGUGACAAACACUGUGGUUUUUCUAUAAUUUUUAAGUUAAAAAAAGUAAUAUGUUCAUUGUGACAAGUAAACAGGUGUUCGAUAAUUGAACAAAUUGUGGAUUUUGUAUAUUCUGAAAUUGCAUAUUGUAUAUUUCGAAGAUGACAAUGUUAUUUGAAUAAUUCCCUUCAAACAGUUAAUUCACUAUUGAUAUCUCUAGCCUUUACCCCCGUGAUACAAUCUUUAUGUUAUUUGUGAACUUGAUGUGGGAUCAGUGUGUCAAAGGUUACCAAGGAAGGAUAAUCAUUUCUUCAUUGUUGUGAGAGCGACGUUUCGGUGUAAGUUCUAACACCCUUAUCAAGCAAAAGAUGAACAGAAUUGGGAUAGAGGAGCAUAUAUACAAGUUACAGGGGAUGUUUGUACAGUACAAUAGGGAUUAGGAAGCCAAACACAAUAACAACCCAUGGUUUUUUGAUAAAAGCGUUAAGAAGUGAAGCCUGCAAUUUACACAACGAGAUAGUGGAGCCUUUGGUGUACACAAAGAGGGGAUUAUCGGUUAUUGAAAGGUUACCAGCUUGUGGAAGUUGUGCAUUUAAAUAAAGCUCGUCAAACAUA